GGGAGAAUCUGUCUUACCCCGGACAAGGCGGAUCAAGAUGCGGACCUUGGUAGGCGGUUCUUAGAGAAGAGACAAGAAACCCGGAAAUGGUGAGGGUUAGUGCUGCAGGGUGCCGCGAAAUCUCCUCCUCUUGCUGCCGGCGUCACACAAAAGUAGGCACAACGGCCUGUUGUAGUACCUGCUGGGUGUGCUUUGCAGGAGCCUGGUGGGAUCUCUACCUUGUCCUUGAAGCUGCAUUAGCAAGUAUCUUUGUACAUAUAGUGGACGUUCUCCACGGAGCGAACUCCACAGCGUGCUGGUAUAAGUGUGACACUGGCAGGGAGUGCCGUGGUUAUGGAGGUGUUGUUACUUGGAGUGGAUUUUCGAGAUACAGAUCCGAACUUUGGCGCCUCAUGCCCCUUGCCAGGUUUAUGUAGAUCGAGGUCAGGAGAGCGGCCCUAGUGAAGCUUCUUUCGCCAACGCAGCGCUUGCCAUCAUGACAGCGGCAGACAAGCGUUUCGGGA